UUCCGCAUCUAUACAUGAUUGGAUGGUAAUGGUCACGUGUCCGGAAUCUCUUCCCUGAUCACGUUGAAAUUGUCAUGUCACAACGACAACGGACCAACGUGAAGAGCUACUGAGCUGUGGGCACCUACUUCGCACAGUUUGUAGUUGUGCGCGUCAGAUUCUGUCUAGCGAAGAUCUUGUGGACUGAAGGAUGUCCGGUCACGGUCAUGGACACGGCGGCCACGGCCAUGGCUGCGGUUGCCAAGCCGAACACGAGCCCGCAGAACGGGGCCUAGAGUACGGUCUGUAUCAGCGCAUUGACAUCGAGAAAUUACAGUGCCUUAACGAGAGCCGAGACGGUGACGGGAAACUUGUGUUCAAGCCCUGGGAUAAACGUACAGACCGAGAAAAGUUUGUCGAGAGUGAUGCUGAUGAGGAGCUCCUAUUUAAUAUCCCGUUCACCGGCAGCGUGAAGUUGAAAGGAAUUAUCAUUGCCGGAGAGGACGAUGAUUCACAUCCUGCUGAAAUGAGACUGUAUAAGAAUAUACCCCACAUGUCAUUUGAUGACACAGGCAGAGAGCCAGAGCAGGCCUUCCGUCUGAAUAGAGACCCGUUUGCGGAGCUGGAAUAUCCUGCAAAGAUUGCGCGUUUCUCCAAUGUUGAACACCUGUCCAUCCACCUGUCCCGGAACUUCGGGGCAGAGUCAACGAGGGUCUACUACAUUGGGCUGCGUGGGGAGUUCACAGAGGCACACAGGCACGAGGUAACAAUCUGUAACUACGAGUCAGCAGCCAACCCAGCGGAUCACAAAGUGGACACCAUCACGCCUCAGACACACUUCAUAUCAUGAGGAAGAGAACCCGAGGAGAAGACGCAUUGAAGGCAUUCAGCAUUUACUGCAAUGAGUCCGAAACCGUACUGAUCGUUAUGGAUAUGGAGGGAUGGAUCGAUGGGCUUGCAAAGCAGUCGCUUAAAAUUCUGGUCCGAUGAAUCUGUUUGAGCUGGUCAGUUGUUGGGUUGAAAUUCUUUUUGCUGUAAGAUAAUUGGUAACAAUAAAGUGUGGAACAUGAAAA